CCUAAAAGCCUCAUUUGUGAGGCAUGCUUUAAUUAAUCCACACGGCCAGUACUGAUUGUAACAAGUUCUUACUUUCAUUAAUAACAAGCCGGGUUACAGGUGUUUCUACCUACAACCCUCCCGAUCACUUAUACUUAGCAUUUGCGUGGUAAUUUACACCAUCAAAUUGGCGCACCCGGAAAUUCACGUCAAAACCCUCCAUCAAAGCGGACGGAUGAUGGGUCUUUCCGGGGAUGAGAAGUGUUUGCUUUUCUUUCAAACCCUCCGCGGCCGCGCCGCUGAGUGGUUUCAUAACUUACCGGCCGGUGAGAUCGAUUCUUUCGAUGAACUGGCUGAGGUGUAUCAGGAAAAGUUCAAAGAAAACUGCACAAAGAGAAAAAAGUUUACCUAUUUAAGUACAGCCGGGCAGCGAGAGCACGAGGAUUUGACCAAAUUUCUCACCCGGUGGAAGGAUGAAGUUGACAAGGUGGAGGAGAUGGACGAUAAAACAGCCAUGUCCCUCCUGGUAUCCGGGCUCCGGUCCGGAGAACUGUACAAAGAGUUCUGCAGAAGGCCUCCCCAAUCAUAUCAAGAGGCCUACAACACAGCCUGGGAUUAUGCAGACGCCGAAGCACAGGUGUCGUCCAAAAGGGAGGCCGAGCAGGGCCAUUCCAAAGGAAAAAUUUCUUUGAAAAAGGAAAUUCUACUGCCCGGUAAGGCAAAGGCUGAAGUCAUGGAGGUAAAGCCGAUCAAAACAGAGAAGAAACCGACCGACGAAAAACAAUGGACGGAGAAAUAUUGCUCCUUCCACAAAACUGAUUCCCAUAACACUGCGGAAUGCAACAGUGUGAAGGGAGUAAUCAAGCAAAUGAUUGAGGCCGGGGAGAUUGAUCUGGAAUAUUUGGCCCAGGCCAAACAAAAGAAAAACCAAUGGGUUAGGCCUGAAGGACAGCCGGCCGAACAGAACAAGAAGAAGAAAGCAGCCGGCAAGGAGCAUUUACAGGUCAUCUACGGCGGACCAGAAGGGGGAGAUUCUGCUUCCCAAAGAAAGAAAUGGGGGCGAGAGCUCUACGUUGGAACGGUGGCCCUAAAUCCCCGGUCGAAACAAGCGAGACGGGAACCGAUCACUUUUACUGAUCGGGACCUUCCCGCCACCGGAGAAGAUCACAAUGACCCCCUGGUGAUAACUAUGGACAUGGGUGGAGUUGAUGUCUCCCGGACUCCCCUCUCUGGGUUUACCGGGGACUCAGUCGAAGCUGAAGGGUCGAUCCUUUUAACUUGUGAGCUGGGCAUAGGUGAACAGGUCGUCCAAAAGCAAAUGAGGUUUGUAGUUGUGAACAUCAAAUGUGUUCACAAUGCCAUUUUGGGCCGGCCUGGAAUAAACAAGGUCCGUGGGGUCAUCUCCAUGGCCCAUCUCUGUAUGAAAUUCUAUACCCCGGGCGGUAUAGGAAAAGUCAGAGGGGACCAAAAGAAGGCCCGGCAUUUCUAUUUGGAGGCUGUAAAGAAAAUGACAAAGGCGUUUGAGAGAGUCACUUUGGUCUCUCAGGAGGAAGACCGUUCGAAGCUAGAACCGGGCGAUGAAACCGAGCAGAUUGUUCUCCGGGAAGCUUUCCCGGAAAGAAUGGUACGGAUUGGAAAAGAUCUGCCCGGAGGACUUCGAGAUGAAAUCAUCUCAGUUCUUCGGGAAUAUGCAGAUAUUUUCGCGUGGAGUGUGGCAGACAUGCCGGGCAUUGACCGUUCUGUCAUAUGCCAUCGUUUGGCUGUGAUGGAAGGGAGCCGGCCUGUGAAACAGAAGAAGAGGCACUUGGCGAACGUCUGGAGGGACUUUGUGAAAAAAGAAGUGAAGGAUUUGUUGGCGGUCGGGCACAUAAGAGAAGUACAAUACCCGGCCUGGUUGGCUAACGUCGUCCUGGCUCCAAAAGGCGACACCUGGCGCAUGUGCGUGGAUUAAGAGCCCGGGUGCGGAGAACCACCCAGCCGACAUGAAACUUUGCUUCGAGAUUAUGGCUAAGUACAACUUGCGUCUCAACCCCAAGAAAUGCGUCUUUGCUAU